CGUGGCCGCAGGGGACUGUGCCUGGGGGGGUCUGCGCGAAGCCGCUGACUCGCGAGGUUCUCUGUCGCCUGCCGCCCUCGCUCCUUUUCUCCCCUUCUAAAGUGUUACGGUGACUCUUAAGUUCGAAGGGGACGGACGUCCUCCCACGUACCAUUUAGAAGGUCAGAGUGGGCAGAACCUAGUCUGAGCAGGCCGGCGACGAAUCCGCUGACAAGACGCGCGCGUGGGCACUCACGUGACCUAGGCUGCGGCGGCGGCGACGUGCUGCGGGCCCGGUGGCUGGAGCGAGGCCGACGGGCGGGGCGGCGCGGUCUCGUGACGCGCAGCGUUGGAGAGCGCGCGUCUUGGAACGUCUUAGUUGCCACGGCGAGCGCGCGCGCGAGGCCUUGGGAACCUGGGGACCGGUCCCCGGCGAGCGCAGCGGCGACCCGUGUGAGGGAGCGGGAUCUGGCCGGUGCCGCGGCGGCCGCGCGGGGAGAUCUCGUGGCGACGCCAGGGCGCCCGAGGUCUGGAAGGCGCAGAGUCAUCUUAGUAGGAUUUGGGGAAGCAACAGGGCUGUGUGGGGUAACCUGCCACCUUUAAGUGGAAAUCAGAAAUGGAGCAAGAGCCACAAAAUGGAGAACCUGCUGAAAUUAAGAUCAUCAGAGAAGCAUAUAAGAAGGCCUUUUUGUUUGUUAACAAAGGUCUGAAUACAGAUGAAUUAGGUCAGAAGGAAGAAGCAAAGAACUACUAUAAGCAAGGAAUAGGACACCUGCUCAGAGGGAUCAGCAUUUCAUCAACAGAGUCUGAACACACAGGCCCUGGGUGGGAAUCUGCUAGACAAAUGCAACAGAAAAUGAAAGAAACACUACAGAAUGUACGCACCAGGCUGGAAAUUCUAGAGAAGGGUCUUGCCACUUCUCUACAGAAUGAUCUUCAGGAGGUGCCCAAGUUAUAUCCAGAAUUUCCACCUAAAGACGUGUGUGAAAAAUUACCAGAGCCUCAGUCUUUUAGUUCAGCUCCUCAGCAUGCUGAAGUAGAUGGAAACACCUCAACUCCAAGUGCAGGGGCAGUUGCUGCACCUGCUUCUCUCUCUUUACCAUCACAAAGUUGUCCAGCAGAAGCUCCUCCUGCUUAUACUCCUCAGGCUGCUGAAGGUCACUACACUGUAUCCUAUGGAACAGAUUCUGGAGAGUUUUCGUCAGUUGGAGAAGAGUUUUAUAGGAAUCAUUCUCAGCCGCCGCCUCUUGAGACUUUAGGGCUAGAUGCAGAUGAAUUGAUUUUGAUACCAAAUGGAGUACAGAUUUUUUUUGUAAAUCCUGCAGGGGAGGUUAGUGCACCUUCGUAUCCUGGGUACCUUCGAAUUGUGAGGUUUUUGGAUAAUUCUCUUGAUUCGGUUCUAAACCGUCCUCCUGGGUUUCUUCAGGUUUGUGACUGGUUGUAUCCUCUAGUUCCUGAUAGAUCUCCGGUUCUGAAGUGUACUGCAGGAGCCUACAUGUUUCCUGAUACAAUGCUGCAAGCAGCAGGAUGCUUUGUGGGGGUCGUCCUGUCCUCUGAGUUACCAGAGGAUGAUAGAGAGCUCUUUGAGGAUCUAUUAAGGCAAAUGUCUGACCUUCGGCUCCAGGCCAACUGGAACAGAGCAGAAGAAGAAAAUGAAUUCCAAAUCCCUGGAAGAACUAGACCCUCCUCUGACCAACUAAAAGAAGCCUCGGGCACUGAUGUGAAACAGUUGGACCAAGGCAAUAAGGAUGUACGUCAUAAAGGAAAACGUGGAAAAAGGGCUAAAGAUACUUCAAGUGAAGAAGUUAACCUGAGUCACAUUGUACCAUGUGAGCCAGUUCCAGAAGAAAAAUCAAAAGAAUUACCUGAAUGGAGUGAGAAAGUGGCUCACAACAUUUUGUCAGGUGCUUCCUGGGUGAGUUGGGGUUUAAUCAAAGGUGCUGAGUUUACUGGCAAAGCAAUCCAGAAAGGUGCUUCUAAACUCCGAGAGCGGAUUCAACCAGAAGAAAAACCUGUGGAAGUUAGUCCAGCUGUCACCAAGGGACUUUAUAUAGCGAAGCAAGCUACAGGAGGAGCAGCAAAAGUCAGUCAGUUCCUGGUUGAUGGAGUUUGCACUGUAGCAAAUUGCGUUGGAAAAGAACUAGCUCCACAUGUCAAGAAGCAUGGAAGCAAACUAGUUCCAGAAUCUCUUAAAAAAGACAAAGAUGGGAAAUCUCCUCUGGAUGGUGCCAUGGUUGUAGCAGCAAGUAGUGUUCAAGGAUUUUCAACUGUGUGGCAAGGAUUGGAAUGUGCAGCUAAAUGCAUUGUUAACAAUGUUUCAGCAGAAACUGUACAAACUGUCAGAUAUAAAUACGGGUAUAAUGCAGGAGAAGCUACCCACAAUGCGGUGGAUUCUGCGGUCAAUGUUGGCGUAACUGCCUACAAUAUUAACAACAUUGGUAUCAAAGCAAUGGUGAAGAAAACUGCAACACAAACAGGACACUCUCUCCUUGAGGACUAUCAGAUAGCUGAUAAUUCUCAGAGGGAAAAUCAAGAAGGAGCAGCAAAUGUCAACGUGAGAGGGGAGAAGGAUGAGCAGACGAAGGAAGUAAAGGAGGCAAAGAAGAAAGAUAAAUGAUGGAGUGCUGGGAAUCACCUAUACCAAAGCCUUAUGAAAUGGAUGAAAUUUUGUUAUUUAAGCAAAUGUGGAAUUCCUCACAGAUUAACCAGUAUUUUUUAAAUGUAUUCAUUCCUACAAAUUAACUUUCAUAAAUUUUAUGGCAUGUCUUCUAUUUAAAAGGAAAAGAAUAAGUAUUCUUGCUUCUGGCCUUAGAAAUGUGAAGUAAUAUUCUCAAGUUUAUUUUUUCCAAGUGUAGCUGAAAUAUUUUCGCAGGUAAAAUAAAGCUAAUAAUACAUGUGCUGUUUAGACCUUAUUAAACCUAAUGUUGAACUAUUUUUAUAUCUGCUAUAUUUCAGAAAGCAAAAUAGGAAACUAUAUAUUUGCUUAAAAAUUGGCAUUUAGUAACCUUAAUUCUUUUUAUAGAAGGAAUGACUUAAAGUAUUGUCUACUCUUUUUGCACUAAGUGUGGAUUUUUUUAGAUUCUUCUCAAAAUUUUCAGUGUGUAAGCUAAGCAAAACCUAAUCCUAAACUAAGAAUUCUCAAAAAGGCUUGUUCAAAACGGAAAGACUGAUGAAAAGUAAAAUGGACUACUUUUGUAACUUACCUGUUUGUUAGGAAAUGGAAUGGUCUUUUUGAUUUAAAAUGAAUAAAAAUAGAUUAUUACGUCUUUUGUAUUGAGACCGAUUGUUCUCUUAUGAGCCUAAGACAUUUGGGAACAUGAUUGUUUUGUAUUAAAAUUCAAAGUGAUUAUUAUCAGCUUAAUUGGAUUAAAAAAGUACUUCAAGAAAUUAUUUUAUCAUAUCUGCUUCUGUUUUUCCAAAAGGUUAAAACUUGUAAAAUAUAUAUAUAAACAGAAUUGAGUUUACUAAUGGUAGACAUUUUUAUUCUGGGAUUCGGUCAUAAAAGACAAGUUAUUAAAAAGGAAAGGUUCUGUUCAUCAUCAAGGUGAAGAAUAUGAAAACCUUAGGCGGAAUCCCUGGUGGAUGGGCAUUAUGGUUUCCACUUUGGCAGGAGGCAGACUAUUCACAGACCUGUUUACUUACAUGGGCUAAAAAACUAUGUAACCAAAUACCUAAUGGUAUUUUAUUUUUGUUUACUGAAUUUAAGAGAUUGGUGUUAGUUUUCAUAGCCGUAGUCCAUUCUAAUAAUUUCUGAUCUUCUAGUGGCUACUUAGACGUUAUUUGAAGCUGUCUGAAGAAUGCACUUUAUGAAUUAAAAAACUCUGAAUUGCCUGACCUCAUUGUCACAUGGGCUUAUAUUUUGGGAACACAUGGAACAGAUGUAGGCUUUUCCUAAGACCAAGGAUAAUGUACUAGUUGAUAAAAACGAAAUAAAAGUGAAUUGGUAAAUAGCUUACAGUCUAUGCUUUAAGUUUAAGAAAUAGAAUGGCACUUCAUAUAUUCUCAUUUGUGGGAGCUAAAAAUUACACUAAUCGAACUUAUGGAGAUAGAGAGUAGAAUGAUGGUUACCAGAGGCUGGGAGGCAUUGAAGGGAUAGGGAGGGAAGUGAGGUUGGUUAAUGGGUAUGAAAAUACAGUUAGUUAGAACGAAUUAGUUCUAGUGUUUGAUAGCCUAACAGGGUGACUACAGUCAGCAAUAACUGUUUAUACAUUUAAAAAUAAAAGAGUGUAAUGGGGAUGUUUGUAACACAAAUGAAUGCUUGAAGCAGUAGAUACACCCUGAUGUAAUUAUUAUGAAUCAUAUACCUCUAUCAAAAUAUCUCAUGUAUCCCAUACAUAUAUACACCUACCACGUACCCAAAAAAAUUAAAAAUUAAAAAAAAUUUAAAAAGAAAUGGAAUGGCAAAUAAUGGAAUGUAAACUUUAAAAAGUUAGCUUUGACCAGAGGUCAGCAAAUAUCCUCCAUGGGCUAAAUCCAGAUGGCCACCUGUUUUCAAGCCUAACUUAUUCACACUCUCUGGCCCUUUGCAGAAAAAGUGUGCUGUCUUAGACUCUAGAAAAUGGACUUUUCCCACCAUUCAUUGAAUCAUUAGGAGAUAGGCAUCUUCUAAAGUUUUUUUAUAUUUUGUAAUAAUUGAUACAUAGAUAAAAUUGUAUAUUACAUGUAAGGUAUGAUGAAUAACAGAAUUAAUACUUAAAAACUCAUCACACCUAACUAAAGACACGGAAGGCUGCCAAUUACGUAUAUGUGUGUUCUUCCUAUUUUCUUACCUCUUUCCCCACGUCAUUUUUUAUUGUUCCUUGCCCUUUUUUAAUCACACAUGUAUAUUCUCCAAACAUACUGUUUCAUUUUUUGAAGCUUUCUACAUAUAGUGUCUGAAUGUGAAGUCUUACUCAACUUGCUUUUUUGAGUUUAUGUUUAAAAUUAAUUCUUGUGCUUAUAUGCAUGGAUGGUUUAGUUGCUCUGUAGUAUUCUGUUUGAGUAUACCACAUCAAGUGUUCAUUUUCCUAUCAGUUGACAUUUGUUUUUAGUUUUUGUUGGUAGAAACGGUACACUCAAAAAAUACUUGACUGUCCCCUGGUACACAUAUGCAAGAGACUGUAUACAUAAGAGUGGAGUUGUUGGCUUGUCAAUUUUGCAAAAUAAUGCCAGGUAUUUUCCAAAAUGAUGAUAUUCUCUUGAGUAGUACUUCCCUUUGCAAUGUUUUUUAUUGUUAAUGUAGUAUAUAUUAAAAAGUAUCUCAUAAUUUUAA